AUGGCCUCGUUAGAAGACGCCGUGUCAGAGACGCAGCACUCAUUCAAAAUGGCGGCUCAGUGCAUUAUCGAUUUUCCACUAACUUGUUAUAAUUCCAUUACACAGCUAAGGACCUAUCCUGGGCUGAAGAAAAUUCUUGUAGCGACUGCAUUCGGCACAAUAUCUGUUAUUUUCCUGGCCCAUCACUUGAGAAGAAGACGAAGGAAGAAGACGUUGGCUCCAUCACGGGAGCCAUACCAGCUCCUUCUAGACUGCACUAAAACCGUGGCCUUAGAGAGAGAUUCCAGUUGUUCGAGUAGUAAGCAGAAUCUGACGCUGUCUCUGAGUUCAGUAAAGGAGAAGGGUUCCCAGUUACAAAUGAAUGGUGGAUUGAACAGUAAAAAUUCAGGAUCUCAGCAGAGUUUGGCUUCAGUCAGAAGUGUCAACUCUUGUCACAGCUGUGCCUGCAUCAAUUCCAACUCCUGGGAUAAGACUGAUGAAGAGGAGAUGAAGCUUGUAAACAUCCCAGUCACCACUCCAGAGAACCUCUAUUUGAUGGGAAUGGAACUAUUUGAAGAGGCCCUGCGUCGGUGGGAGCAAGCACUCACUUUCCGGAAUAGGCAGGUUGAAGAUGAGGCCAGCUGCAGUUCCAUCAGGCUGGGGGCAGGAGACGCUAUUGCUGAGGAAAAUGUAGAGGAUAUCAUAAGUGCUGAAUUCAUCCAUAAACUGGAAGCCUUACUGCAACGUGCGUACCGCCUUCAAGAGGAGUUUCAGGCCUCAUUUGGGGCAUCCGAUCCAGCAUCAUUGGCUAAUGACAUUGAUGAUGACACCGAUAUCACAUUCAUGGACAACGAGGGUGAUUUCGGCACAAGAGACACUCUGAGCAUCGCUUCACCAGACUCUUUCUCCUCAGCCAUGGAGCUGGCGGACCACAGAGAUCUUCAUGGAGGGAAUGGCCUGCAGUCACUCUACCACUGUCCUCUAUAUGAAGAAGCAAUGUGCCUGUCUGAGGAAGGGGGGAUCCCCUGCAGGGCACUCAGGACAGAACUGCUGGAAUGUGGAGGGGACAGUGACUUUCUAGCAAAGCUCCACUGCAUCCGUCAGGCCUUCCAGAUGAUCCUUUCAAAAACAGAUAACAGGACGUUUUUUGGUUGAAGCUGGUAGAAAAGUUCUGUCUAUGCUUUUUGUCCGUGCAAAAAAGAAUCCUAAGAAGUUUGAAGAUUCCUAUGAUGAGAUGAUGCAUUUCCUGGAGCAGCCAGAAACAUGGGUACAUAUUGAGACGGAGCUGUUCUCUCGGGGAGUAAG